AUGGUGGACUGGAACGAUCCUGACCUCGAAGCGAAAUUGGAGGUGGUUUCAGUACAGUUGUUGUAUGCUAUCCUUGGCCUAUAUGGCUGGGAAUAUAUACGCUCCUCACAUGUGGAGAUAGCAUUACUUCGGAGGCAGCUUCCAUUUCGAUGGCCUUUGCUCUCGUACAUUACCGCCAGAUUCAGCUUCUUGAUUGCGGUCAUUUUACAUGCGACGCAAUCAAGUCCCUUCUACACAAGCGUUUAUUGUCAGAGUGAGUAUUUUUUCUGGACAAAUGUCGCCGUCUGCUGCUCCACAACAAACCUGAUGAUCAGAACGUGGCUGAUUUGGAAGACCAGUCGCGUGCUGCGCUGUUUGCUAGUCCUGUUAUCACUAGGUCAUUGGACAGUGCUCACUCUCCUCCUGGCAACCGCUCGUGCGUCCACCCAAAACGGGGUGUGCGUGACCCACUUUGUCAAUCCCGCAUAUGCUAAUGUGUUGGUCAUAUAUAGUACGCAUUUCGCAUUUAUGAUCAGUGGAUACGUGAUGAUGAUGCCAUUGCCAUCGUCUUCCCCGCUAUGGAAGACGCUCAUGAAACAAGGGGUGAUAUAUUUCAUCUUCAAUUUUCUAGCGAACCUUAUUUUACUGGUCCUGAAUCGUUUGAACCUGAAUCUUAUUAUGAAUGUUAUUUUCGGAACGCCUGCGGCAUGCAUCUGGUCAGGACUCUCAUUACGACUUCCGCACGAUUGCAUCUAACCAAGUGGUCCUCUGGCUUCUCCGUCCUUCAUCCAAUUGUGAAAGGUUUUCCUUUUUUUCUGCAUGUAUCACCAGUCUCAUUCGUGAUAAAUAGUGACAACAACUCGUCGGCUAAAGUGCAUCCUCUAACAACUAAC